AUGUCGAACCCGUUGGAUACCGAUGCUGGCUCGGAGAUGUUUGCCAGUUACGAGAAUGAACUCAAGCUGGUGCAAGCUGAUCUGAACCAGAAACUCGAUCAGAUCGAGGAAGCUACUGGUGAACAGCGCAAAGCCGCCAUCCGACAGGCAGAGCAGGUGUUAGACGAAGCCACUGAAUUGCUUGACCAACUGCGCAUGGAAAAGCAGAACAUCCCCUCCGCAGCCCGCUCAAAGGUCAACGUGCGCUUCCGCAACUAUUCCUCAGAUAUCGACGAAGUAAAGCGCAAGCUGAAAUCCUACUCCGACGAUCGGAAAGCCCUCUUCGGCGAUAGAUACACCGACGAACCACAGGACGAGCACCUGGAGCAGCGGCAACAGCUCCUGUCUGGCACGGACCGAUUAGAGCGCACCUCACAACGGUUGCAGGACAGCCAACGGGUGGCGCUAGAGACUGAGGAUGUUGGCCGAAAUGUCCUUGCCGACCUCUAUGUGCAGCGUGGUACGAUCCAAAAUACCCGCGACAACUUGCAGCAAAGCGAGGAUACGAUGGCUACGAAUCGGAUGAUCACUAUUGCUAUCAUUACGGUCCUUGUUCUUCUGAUAUUCGCGGUUAUUUACGGCAAGUUCCAUUAG